UAAUCCACAUUUGCUAUUCUAGCACAUAACGACACAGAGCCUCUUGGUCUACUCAAGGGACAGAAAGCUGCGGCCGUCGGUUAGAGGAACUGCGUUAGGGAAAAACAGAGAUGUACGCAGGAGAAAGCUGAAUGUUAACCAGUUUUAACUGCUACUCUUCGUCUCCUUCCUUUUCCGCGGCGAGCUUCCUCGUCACGCGACUUGUAAUCCUGCGGUCUCGGUUAUAUUUUGCCGUCCAUGUUGGUUCGAGAUCCAUCAUUAGCUUAACCCUUGAUGGAUACAAAUACUACUUGCAGCAUAAUUGAUGCUGCGUCGAGAAUGGAGGCACUUGGAGGAUUGUUCGGGGCCUUCAACUUCAUCCGGGUUGGCCUACCAAUGUGGAUGUGUGCAUGACUGAUGAGAACUUUCGCGUGCUGAGUGUGGCCACAUGAAUCAAACCGUUUCACAACUUGUGAUGAGCUGACAUGGUCGGAAGCGGACGUGAACGUCGGCGCUUGUUCAUGUAUUAAAAGAUUUGAAGACUUCUUUGAUCGGUGAAAUACAUCCUGAUUCCGGGAUGGCAGGGAUGUCUGGAUCCAGUCCGUAUGCCGUGCUCGGCACACGGGAGUUUUCUCGGGUACGCAAGUUUGACAUGGAAGAAAGGAGGAGGAGGAUACUUGGAAACUCUAAGUAUGACAUUGCGGUGGACAAGGAGGCUCUGGAUAAGCAAGUGAAAGACGAAAUUGAGUACCGAACCAAACAAGAGAAAGCGAAGGAACAGUUCGAGAAAUGGGAGAUUAAAAAAAUCGAGUCUAUGAAGAAAGCUGAAGAAGUUCUCGAAGCGGAAAAGAAGAUUUGCAAUCAGGAGUAUGAGCAGUACUGGCAAGAGCAGCGGAAGUGCAGGGUACAAAGAGAAGUGGACGAGAAAAUGCACCUCCUCUCUGUGAAUGAUAGGAUCGGACCUUUCGACAAGCUUCGCUAUGACGAUCAAGAAUUCGAACCGCAGAAGAGCACAGCAAUCCAGUUGUCUGUGAAUCACACACGGUUAUGGCAAGAACAACAAGCUAUGGAGAAGAAACAACAGGAGUCGAAAGAGAGAAUUGACUGGAUUCAAAAGGACAUUCAGAAUCGAAAACAGUUGCGUCUUAUGGAAGAAAAUAUCAAAGGGCAACUCUUUGAACGGGAUAAAAAGAUCGAAAGAGAGAUGGUGGUGAGGAGCCAAGAAAAGCACAAAGAAGCUCAACUUGAGCACUUAAAGAACCACAUGUACCAGAUUUCACCCGAAUACUUCGACCAGUUCCAAACAACUGCACGCUGAGGCCACACAACAGGCUCAUAUGAACUGGACAUCGGUGUCAAUUUCUGUUCAGCUAAUUACAAUUUAAAUAAAGAUCACGAAUACCGUUACUGGAUCUUUUUUACCUGCAUCAGACAGAAAAGAUUGUGUCAGACCUGAACUCUGCAGAUCUUAUUGCAGAAUUUUACAUAAUUUUGAGUCAUUAUCAAAACAAAUCAAAACUCAAAACAUGUAGAGACGGUCCCUUCAAUCCUGUGGCAAGACGCAGAAAACUAGCGAAACAGAAAACCUAUUUGUUUUGAUACAUGAGUGCUGCCUUUUUAUUUUUGUUCAAGGGACGUUUCACGAACGUAUCUCACUGACUGAUUUCCGAUCCGAGGGAUCCGAUUCCCAAGUCGAUCGUGUUCGACACCUCCAGGGCCACUUUUUUGACAUACAGCCGUCUUUUAAGAAUUCAGAUACACCUUCAAAUAAUAAAGGAUGCGGAAGGAAAAAUCUCAGA